UCCACUUCCGCAUUCUACGACUACAACGCAAUCCACAUGGAAUUGCGUUGUUGUUGACAGAGAUAGUCUAGUUUUUUUAUUUCAGAGAUUUGUGGUAACUUCAAAGGUUGAUAUGGGAAAAAAGAAAGCAGCAGGAGGAGGAGGAGGAUUGGGCAGAGCUCUAAUACGGGAGAAACUUCACGGAAGCCGAGGAAACAAGAGGGGCGACUCAUGGCUUCACACCAGUGAACUGAACGAUGGCUACGACUGGGGUCGGCUGAACCUGCAGUCAGUGACAGAACAAAAUUCUAUGGAUGACUUUUUAGCCACUGCUGAACUGGCAGGGACAGAGUUUGUUGCAGAGAAACUCAACAUAAAGUUUGUGCCAGCUGAAGCCAGAGCAGGCUUAUUAACAGCUGAGGAGAAAACCAGGUUGAAGAAACUGCAUGAAGACAACAAGCAUUUCCUCAGAAUACCCCGACGCCCCCACUGGGAUGAAAGCACCAGUCCAGAUGCACUUCAGCUGGCUGAAAAAGACAGCUUCCUGCUGUGGAGACGAGAGCUUGCACAACUGGAGGAGGAACAGAAGUUAAUUCUUACUCCAUUUGAGAGGAACCUUGAAUUCUGGAGACAGCUUUGGAGAGUGAUCGAGAGGAGUGACGUCAUCGUACAGAUUGUUGAUGCCAGAAAUCCUUUGCUGUUCAGAUGUGUUGACCUGGAGUCUUAUGUGAAAGAGGUGUCACCGGAUAAGGUCAACAUCCUUCUGGUGAACAAGGCAGACCUGCUGACCAGAGAGCAGAGGCGAGUCUGGGCCAGAUAUUUUGAGAAAGAGGGACUAAGGGCAGUUUUCUGGUCUGCCCUGGCUGAGAGCAACAGGCUGGAUGCAGAGGAAAAGGGCAUGGAAGUGGACGAUCCAGAAUGUGUAGAGAGUGAUCCAGAGGAAGACAGAUCACCAUGUAAUGAAGCCAUGAGCCAUAAAGGGGUGGGUGGAGAGAAAACAGAGGAGAAAGAAGAAGGAGAACAGAGUGACGUAGAGGAAGAGCAGCUCGAUCAUGUAAGCGUUGAUGAGGAAGACUGGCAGACCUGCUCCGAGGGCGAGGAGGAAGCGGAAGGAGGGAGUGCAGGCUCAUCCAGUGAAGGCUUCCAUAACUCCAGCCGACUGCUGCACAAGGAGGAGUUGCUGAACAUGUUUAAAGCUUCACAUAAAGGGUCCAGAUGUAAAGAUGGACAACUUACAGUGGGACUGGUUGGGUAUCCCAAUGUAGGAAAGAGCUCCUCAAUUAACACUAUUUUAAGGAACAAGAAGGUGUCUGUUUCAGCCACUCCUGGACACACUAAGCACUUCCAGACACUCUACGUGGAGCCAGGCCUGUGUCUCUGUGACUGCCCAGGUCUAGUCAUGCCCUCCUUUGUUUCUACCAAAGCUGAGAUGAUAUGCUGUGGUAUUCUCCCUAUUGAUCAGAUGAGAGAUCAUGUACCUGCAGUGUCCUUUGUAUGCCAAACAAUCCCUCGGCAUGUAUUAGAAGGAACAUAUGGCAUCAACAUCAUCAGACCACGUGAAGAUGAAGACCCUAACAGGACCCCCACCUCUGAGGAGCUGCUGAUGGCAUAUGGAUACAUGAGGGGUUUUAUGACAUCACACGGCCAGCCUGAUCAGCCAAGAUCAGCCCGGUACAUCCUAAAGGAUUAUGUCAGUGGCAAGCUUCUGUACUGCCAUCCUCCCCCACACAUUAAUGCUGAAGACUUCCAGCCAAAGCACAGCAAGUUUGAGAAUAAAGACUCAGACAUCUGGGACCUCUCCACAGUAACCAACAAAAAGAAAAUCAAGAGAAUUGAAAAUGUUGUUGACAAGAACUUUUUCCAUCAGGAGAACGUGCGAGCACUAACCAAAGGAGUUCAGUCUGUUAUGGGCUACAAACCGGGCAGCGGACCUGUCGGCCCAGGCAACUCUCAGUCGGAGAUGGUUGCUGGCAAACCCUGGAAAAAACAUAGCAACAGGAACAAGAAGGAAAAACUACGCAGAAUCACCAAGCAUCUGGAUGCUUGAUGACGAUGUGAAAAUCUAUGCUUUUUAAGUCAGAUUAUUUCAGAUGGAAUAAAAAAAACUAAAGUGCAGUUCAAAUGUGAUUCCAAGGGAAUUGAUGCUGAAUUGUUUUGGGGGUGAAUAUGGAGAGGUUUUGAUCCAAACCUAUGAGUUGUGUAAUCUAUCAUAUACUGCACUGGUUUGGAGAUUGUUGAUGCAAAGCAUUCUAUCAACUGGCUCAUCAGUUACAGGAGCUGAUAGGCUUGAUAUGCAUAAUGAAAUUUACAGUUAAUAGAAAUUAAGUCACAAGACACCCUCUUCAUUUUACAUUGAAAUUAAUGUUUGGUAGGCUGUCUUUAUCCACAUUUAGUAAUGAUUUAUUCCACCAAACAAAAUUAAACAAAUGUUUUUAAGUAA